AUGUUGUCAAGAUCCAUUGCCCGUACUUCAAGAGCUGUUGCUCAACAAAAAAGAUUUUUAUCUUUACAUGAAUACCGUUCUGCUGCCAUUUUAAAAUCUUAUGGUAUUGGUGUUCCAAAUGGUUCUGCUGCUACUACUCCAGAAGGUGCUUAUGAAGCUGCUAAAGCUUUAGGUACUAAUGAAUUAGUCAUUAAAGCUCAAGCUUUAACUGGUGGUCGUGGUAAAGGUCAUUUUGAUUCUGGUUUACAAGGUGGUGUUAAAUUAAUUAGUACUCCUGAAGAAGCUAAAGAUUUAGCUGCUCAAAUGUUAAAUCAUAAAAUUAUUACUAAACAAACUGGUGCUGCUGGUAAAGAAGUUACUGCUGUUUAUAUUGUUGAAAGAAGAGAUGCUAGAACUGAAGCUUAUGUUGCUAUUUUAAAUGAUAGAACUAGUCAAAAACCAGUUAUUGUUGCAUCUGCUCAAGGUGGUAUGGAUAUUGAAGGGGUGGCUGAAAAAGAUCCUGAUGCUAUUAAAACUUUUUAUGUUGAUAUAGAUACUGGUGUUACUGAUGAACAAGCUAUUGCUGUUGCAUCAGUUUUAGGUUAUACUGAUGCUGCUAUUCCAGAAGCUGCUAAAACAAUUCAAAAUUUAUAUAAAAUUUUUGAAGAAAAAGAUUGUACUCAAGUUGAAAUUAAUCCAUUAAGUGAAACUCCAGAUCAUAAAGUUUUAGCUAUGGAUGCUAAAUUAGGUUUUGAUGAUAAUGCUUCAUUUAGACAAGAAGAAGUUUGGAGUUGGAGAGAUCCAACUCAAGAAGAUGCUCAAGAAGUUGAAGCAUCUAAAUAUGGAUUAAAUUUCAUUAAAUUAGAUGGUAAUAUUGCCAAUAUUGUUAAUGGUGCUGGUUUAGCCAUGGCUACUAUGGAUAUUAUUAAAUUAUAUGGUGGUGAACCAGCUAAUUUCUUAGAUUGUGGUGGUACUGCUACUCCAGAAACUAUUGAAAAAGCUUUUGAAUUAAUUUUAACUGAUAAAAAAGUUAAUGGUAUUUUCGUUAAUAUCUUUGGUGGUAUUGUUAGAUGUGAUUAUGUUGCUAAAGGUUUAAUUGCUGCUACUAAUAAAUUUAAAUUAGAAAUUCCAGUUGUGGUUAGAUUACAAGGUACAAAUAUGGAACAAGCUAAAGAAUUAAUUGAACAAUCAGGUUUAAAAUUAUUUGCUUUUGAAGAUUUAGAUCCUGCUGCUGAAAAAAUCGUUCAAUUAGCUCCGCCAUCAUAA